ACAGAGUCCAUGCCUAAUGAAAAACAAGUCAUAACUGUUGGAGUUUUAGCUCUUCAAGGUUCGUAUCACGAACAUAUUGCUCACCUCACCUCACUAUUCCAGGAGUUGUCCGAUGAUGAGCGAUAUUGUUCUAAAUUUGAGUUCAGGUCCAGAGAGGUGAAAAAAGUAGAAGAUUUACAUACUCUAGAUGGGCUUAUUUUGCCGGGCGGGGAGAGUACUACAAUGUCUAUUCUACUACAACGUAAUGGGCUGUUAGAAACAUUAAAGAAGGUGAUUCAAGUAGAAAAAUUACCAUGCUGGGGUUCAUGCGCUGGUUUGAUUCUUCUGUGUAAUGAAAUUACAAACACCAGCGUAGAUAUGAGUGGUAGAAACGUUGAGAAAUCUAUGAAAUACAGGUCAAUUGGUGGUUUAGACGUCCGAGUUGAUAGAAAUUCCUUUGGUCGCCAGCUUGAUUCGUUUUCUGAAAACUUCAUUCUCGAAGAUUUUGAUGGUGAAUUACAUAAUGCCAAAUUUACAUGUGUUUUCAUACGGGCCCCUAUCAUCAGGGAGGUUCUCUCACCAAAAACUUGCUACCUCAAAGAGGAUCCUCAUUCUGAUUUCGAAAACAAGAUCGUGCGGCUAGGCUUGAACGAAAAAAAUUCUAUGAUUGUGGCUGUUAAGCAGGGCAAUUUGCUCGGAACAUCCUUUCAUCCCGAACUGGUUAGCGGUGAUUACAGAAUGCAUAAAUGGUUCAUAGAUAGGUUCAUA